AUGUCUUAUAUCUCUCAAAUCCAUCCUAUUAACUCAGUUUUCACCGGAGAAGUUUUAGCGAUUUGGUUAGCAGUCACAAAAUUCACUACCGAGUAUCUAGAUUACGUUAUUUUAUCGGACAGUAAGUCCGCAAUCACUGCCCUCAUCUCAGCCACCCAUAAAUCCCCUCACAGCAUCCUCCUCUUACAAAAUAAGAUAGUUUCAGCAAGUGCAAAAGUUAAAUCAAUUACGAUCGCCUGGACACCAGCACACGUUGGCAUUUCCCCCAAUGAAACCGCCGAUAAACUGGCCAAACACGCCACCAAUGCCCCUCAAGCCAUCCUUAUUAUGUCACCUGAAGACUUGUCAUAUUCAGCUGUUUUAGACUCAAACCGCGAACUCAGUAACCUCCGGACUAAUUCAAAAUACCACAAGCGUUUCCCCUUUGAUCACCCUGUUAAUAAAACUUCCCUCAAUCAACUCCCAAACCGAAAAUACGAUUUCUUAAUCUCGCACCUCCGAAGCAACUCAACCCAACUUAACGAAAUAUAUGCAAAAAUAGGGCUUGUAGACUCCCCUUUGUGCGACCAUUGUCAACAUCCAGAAUCUGCUAUCCACCUCCUCUUUGAAUGCAAAAAGUUUGAACAUCAGAGACAAACACUGCGCGCCUCAAUCGGACUUUUCCCACUCUCCCUCCACCGUCUUCUUAGUUAUGACCAAUGUGAUAAUCUUCUCAAAAACUUAGUGGAUUUUUUAAUUUCAACUAAGCGUUUCUAG